CCGUACCUCCUCCUACCUAGCUAGGUCCUCUAGUUUUCUACCCUUCCUCGUGUCGUCUACCCCUGUCUGUGUGCGUCACCGGGAAUGCACAGCUAGCCUCCAUCGGGCCCUCCACAUCGGUAGCGCCGGCCGUAUAUACGCGUCACAAUGACGACCACCAUGUCCUACGUAGCUUGCUCAACACAGAACGACCGAGUAGCUAGCUGCUAUAAGCUUACAUUGCACACCUAGCCGGCCGUCCAGUGCGAGGUCGACCGGAGAUGCCGGCCGCUGGUUUGAUGGCGGCGCCGGAGAUGCACUUCUUGCUGGUGCCGCUGGUGGCGCAGGGCCACAUCAUCCCCAUGGUGGACCUGGCGCGCCUCAUCGCCGCCCGCGGGCCGCGGGUAACCGUCCUCACCACGCCCGUCAACGCCGCGCGCAACAGGCCCGCCGUCGACGCCGCCGCCAACGCGGGCCUCGCCGUCGAGCUCGUCGAGCUCCCGUUCCCCGGUCCUACGCUCGGGCUGCCGGAGGGCCUCGAGAACGCGGACCAGCUGGUCGACAGGACCAUGUACCCCAAGUUCUUCCACGCCAUCUGGAAGAUGGCCGAGCCGCUGGAGGAGUACCUCCGGGCGCUGCCGCGCCGGCCGGACUGCCUCGUCGCCGACUCCUGCAACCCGUGGACGGCCAGCGUGUGCGACGCCCUCGGCAUCCCCAGGCUGGUGCUGCACUGCCCCUCCGCCUACUUCCUCCUCGCAGUGCACAACCUGUCCGUCCACGGCGUGUACGACCGCGUCGGGGACGACGAGUCGGUGGAGUUCGAGGUGCCGGACUUCCCCGUGCGCGCUGUCGGCACCAAAUCCACCUUCCGGGGCUUCUUCCAGUGGCCCGGCGUCGAGAAGGAGCAGCAGGACGUGCUCGACGCCGAGGCCACCGCCGACGGCAUGCUCAUAAACACGUUCCGCCGCAUGGAGGGCGCCUUCGUCGACGCGUACGCUAAGGCGCUCGGCAAGAGGACGUGGGCCGUCGGCCCGACGUGCGCCGCCGCGGGCGUCAUGGGCGACGCCGACGCCAUGGCCGGCCGCGGCAACCGCGCCGACGUCGACGCCGGCCACAUCAUCUCGUGGCUCGACGCACGGCCGCAGGCGUCCGUGCUGUACAUCAGCUUCGGCAGCAUCGCGCAGCUGCCGGCCAAGCAGGUCGAGGAGCUCGCGCGCGGCCUCGAGGCCUCGGGCCGGCCGUUCGUGUGGGCCAUCAAGGAGGCCAAGGCCGACGCCGCCGUCAGGGCGCUGCUCGACGACGAGGGGUUCGAGGAGCGGGUCAAGGACCGGGGACUCCUCGUCCGAGGGUGGGCGCCGCAGGUCACCAUCCUCUCGCACCCGGCGGUGGGCGGCUUCCUGACCCACUGCGGCUGGAACGCGACGCUGGAGGCCAUCUCCCACGGCGUGCCGGCGCUCACGUGGCCCAGCUUCGCCGACCAGUUCUCCAGCGAGCGGCUCCUCGUCGAUGUGCUCCGCGUCGGCGUCAGGUCCGGCGUCAAGCUGCCCGCAAUGAGCGCCACCGGGAUUGACGUGGGCGUGCAGGUGACGAGCGAGGAUGUGGAGAAGGUGGUCGCUGAGCUGAUGGACGGUGGGACAGAGGGGGCGGCGAGGAGGUGCAGGGCCAAGGAGCUCGCUGCGGAGGCGAGGGCGGCCAUGGAGGAAGGCGGGUCGUCGUACACCGACCUAGGAGACAUGAUCCGCUACGUCUCCGAGUUGUCGAGGACGAGGAGUCACGAGAGGAAAGCGACCUCGACGUCUCUGCCGUCCAUGGCGACAGACCUCGGAAGCAAGAACGGCCCCGAGAAGAUCGAAGCAGAUGCUGCCUUAUCAGUAGAGUCCUGAUUAAGCUGCCUCACGCCAUUAUAGCAUAGGAUAUUGCGUUCCGUACAACAAAUACAACGAUCGAUAACCAUGUUUACAUAAUCAAGCAAUUCAUU